AUGACUAAUUUGGAAACUAGUCUUGCUCAGUCAGGGCACCAGCACGUCCCUGCGACACCAGAGCCGACAGUAGCGGAACCAGAUCCAGAGCCAGAAGAAUCACAGGCAAGAUAUGAUCCAAUGGAUGUGGAUCUAGAGGUAAUACCUGAGGAAGAACCCGGAGAGGACGAGCUCGAGGGUGAGCCUGAGGAGGCGCCGGAGGAUGAGCCAGUAGAGGAGCCAGAGGAGGAUCCCGAAGAGGAGUCUAUUGGCGAGGAAAGGAUUGAAGUUCAGGUAGAGUUGGGAGAUGAGGAUAACCCAAUCGAGAUUGAGGCUGAUUCGGGGUCGUCAGAUGAGCACGUGCCUGAUGAGGUUUCAGAUGAGGAUGAUGAGGAGAGUGAAUCAGAGUGGACGCCAUCCAAAGGGCGUAGGGGCUAG